AUGAGGCUACUCCGCAGACGCCACAUGGCCUUGCGCCUGGUCAUGGUGGGCAGCGCCUUUGUGCUCUUUCUCUUCAUCCUGCAGAGGGACGUAAGCGGCAGGGAGCAGGCCACAGAGAAGCCAUGGCUGAGGUCCUUGGUGAGCCAGAAGAACCACGUCCUGGACCUCAUGCUGGGGGCCGUGCACAACCUCAGGGACUCGAUGCCCAAGUUCCAGAUCAGGGCUCCGGAGCCCCAGCAGACACUGGCCUCCACCAACCAGUCCUGCCUCCCAGGUUUCUACACCCCAGCUGAGCUGAAGCCAUUCUGGGAACGGCCGCCACAGGACCCCAAUGGCCCUGGGGCAGAUGGGAAAGCAUUUCAGAAGAAAGAGUGGACGCCCCAGGAGACCCAGGAAAAGGAAGAGGGCUAUAAGAAGCACUGCUUCAAUGCCUUUGCCAGUGACCGCAUCUCCCUGCAGAGGGCCCUGGGGCCAGACACCCGACCCCCUGAGUGUGUUGACCAGAAGUUCCGGCGCUGCCCCCCGCUGCCUGCCACCAGCGUCAUCAUUGUGUUCCACAACGAGGCCUGGUCCACACUGCUGCGGACGGUGUACAGCGUCCUGCACACCACCCCUGCCAUCCUGCUGAAGGAGAUCAUUCUAGUAGAUGAUGCCAGCACGGACGAGUACUUGAAGGAGCCCCUGGAGCAGUAUGUGAAGCAGCUGCAGGUGGUGCAGGUGGUGCGGCAGCAGGAGAGGAAGGGGCUGAUCACCGCCCGGCUGCUGGGAGCCAGCGUGGCCCAGGCGGAGGUGCUCACCUUCCUGGAUGCCCACUGUGAGUGCUUCCAUGGCUGGCUGGAGCCCCUCCUGGCGCGCAUCGCUGAGGACGAGACGGUGGUGGUGAGCCCGAACAUUGUCACCAUUGACCUGAACACUUUUGAGUUCUCCAAGCCUGUCCAGAGGGGCCGAGUCCAGAGUCGGGGCAACUUUGACUGGAGCCUGACCUUUGGCUGGGAGGUUUUACCGGCACGAGAGAAGCAGAGGCGCAAGGAUGAGACCUACCCCAUCAAAUCCCCGACGUUUGCUGGUGGCCUCUUCUCCAUCUCCAAGGCCUACUUUGAGCACAUCGGUACCUAUGAUAAUCAGAUGGAGAUCUGGGGAGGGGAGAACGUGGAAAUGUCCUUCCGGGUGUGGCAGUGCGGCGGCCAGCUAGAGAUUAUCCCCUGCUCUGUGGUCGGCCACGUGUUCCGUACCAAGAGCCCCCACACCUUCCCCAAGGGCAUCAAUGUCAUUGCUCGCAACCAAGUGCGCCUGGCUGAGGUCUGGAUGGAUGGCUACAAGGAGAUUUUCUACAGGAGAAAUCUGCAGGCAGCACAGAUGGCCCAAGAGAAAUCCUUUGGUGACAUUUCGGAACGACUGCAGCUGAGGGAACGACUAAACUGUCGCAACUUUUCCUGGUUCCUGGACAACAUUUACCCGGAGAUGUUUGUCCCUGACCUGAAGCCCACCUUCUUUGGAGCUCUCAAGAACCUCGGCGUGGAUUACUGUCUGGACGUGGGAGAGAACAACAACGGAGGAAAGCCCCUCAUCCUGUACGCCUGCCACGGCCUCGGUGGCAACCAGUACUUUGAGUACACAACCCAGAGAGACCUUCGCCACAACAUCGCAAAGCAGCUGUGUCUACAUGCCAGUGCUGGCACUCUGGGCCUUAGGAGCUGCCACUUCACUGGCAAGAAUAGCCAAGUGCCCAAGGAUGAGGAAUGGGAAUUCACCCAGGAUCAACUCAUCAGGAACUCAGGAUCUGGUACCUGCCUGACAUCCAAAGACAAAAAGCCAGUCAUGGCCACCUGCAACCCCAGUGAUCCCCACCAGCACUGGCUCUUCAUUUAG